GCAGAGGCCUGCAACAAGCAACCCAUAAUCAAAAUACCUAAGUAUUUGUAUACUUUAAGACUUCUUUUAGUCAUUUUUGUAAUUGAAUCAAGUUUUGGUAUUAAGAAUGUAAAUGUAAAACUAUGUACCAUACCUAUACUAUUACCUUAAUAUGUAACAUACCAUACCCCAUUGUAGAUAAUUUUCAACAUAACCGAAUUUGAGAAAAUUAAAAUAUUAGGAAAAUUAGGUACCCUGUACUUAAAUUUAUCACAAGACAUCAGACUCCAUAGAACACAAUGGUCAACAAUUCAAAUAGGUUUUAUUUUACGACCAAGACCUUUAACUCAAGUCUUAUACAUAAUAUUAGUUAAUUUCUAUGCACCCGGCGAAUAUAUUUAUUCAUGUACCUCUCUCGAGAGAGUAGUUAUUUUUAUGUGUAGCUAUAGUUGUUAUUGACAGUACGGAAAACAAAGUUUGACAGAUAUGUAUUUUUAUUAAAGGAACCAGGAUCCUUUCCUGAAGUCUUACUAUAGUACAUGAAGAAAGAUUAGUUGUGGCAAGCCAAGUGAAAGAGAACUGAAAGACUAUUUUUGCUGUUGUUUAUUGUAUGUGGCCGAAGAAGACAUGGAAAUUCGUUUAGGUGAAGAUACAUGAAUGAUUAUCCACAUCAUAUCGUCCUGAACACACAGAGCAAUUCAGUGGUGCAAUUAAUUGCACUGUAGUUUAUAUUUUUCGUAAAUAGUAGCAUCAUAAGCUAUUGAUUGGUAUUUAAAAUAAGUAUAGAUGUAUACUUAGAAUAUUAGCUUUAAUAUUGUAAGGAUGUUAGUUUAUAUUUACGGAUGUUAUGACUGUCCUACAAGGAAACACCCUUGAGAAAUAAUAGAUAUUAUCUGUGGUAUGCAAUGACAUAUAUAUAGAAUGUCAUUGGUGGAAUGGAAUUUUUGGUUGCUAAGCAACAAACUUAUGUCGACAUCUCAAAACAUUUUGCUAAACCUUCAUUUAAACAUAAAUAUAGUUUAAUUUUAAUAUUUACAAUGACGGAUGGAAAGAAUUUAGAAGCUUAUGCUAUUAUUGGGUUCGAUGGGUCAGCUAUCAAGGGGCUUAAGAUUCACCCAGAAGGGGAGCACAUCGUCUACCCAAUGGGUAAUAAGGUUUGCAUUCAGGAAUGGAAGACGAAGAAGAUGCAGUUUCUUAGUGGUCAUACCAACAGCGUCUCUACUGUUGCAAUAUCCCCCAAAGGAACUUACAUUGGUUCUGGUCAGAUAAACCAUAUUGGUUUCAAGGCGUCUGCAAAAGUUUGGGACUUUAAACGCAAAGCUAUGAUCGGAACCCAUGAGUUGCACAAGGUCCGGGUGGAAGCUUUGGCGUUCUCGUCGGACGAGCGGUACAUGAUAUCGCUGGGUGGUCGUGACGACGGCUGCGUUGUACUGUGGGACUGUGUCAGCGGCGCCGCGACCGGCACAGCAGCAGCUUCCCGCCUGACCACCGGAGACGGUGUCACUUUGACCACGCUAACACUUAGACCGACCUCAUUUGUUACGGGUGGAGAUUCCAAUCUUCGAGUGUGGAACAUUCGUGCGGCAAGCAAGAACUUGGAUGUUGUCGACGUAUCGCUGGGUAAGCUGAGAAGAACCGUGCGAUGUAUAGCUAUCAGCAUGGACGAUACCUUCGGAAUGGCUGGCACUAGUUCUGGAGAUAUGAUAAAGUUUUCCAUCAACUAUCCGUCGGAUCCUAACGAGGAUGUCGCCAAAUACAAACCCUCUCUAAUCGGGUGUCUGGCCAAGUGCGGGCCGUGGAAGAAAGGGAAGCGGCCGGAGUCUAUUUGUUAUAGCCAAGGUAUAGAAUCAAUCAUAAUAAUGAGCGAUGGUUGCAUUGUCGUGGGUGCUGGCGACGGCAGUAUAGAUGUUCUAGACGAGAUCAACUGGAAGGGAGAAUUCCCCAAAGGGAAAGUUUUGGACCCCAACAAACCAUUCUAUAGAGCAUUGAAAUCAACAAAGCUGAAUGGCUGUAUUACUUCUCUGGAGCUCUUGGAGUCACCUAAGAUGAGAGGCGACAAGCGCUUGUUGAUCGCGGGCACGAGAACCAGCGAGAUAUAUGCUAUUAACAUCGUCACCUUCGAGCCACUUCUUCUGGUCACGUGCCACCGCUGUGCCAUCAAUAAUAUCGCGUUUCCACGGGGCAUGUCGGGUGUGUUCGCUACUGCGGGCGCCGGCGACGUCCGUGUCUGGUGCGUGAAGACAGCGCAGGAACUGCUGAGAAUCGUGGUGCCCAACUUCACCUGCUCUUCCGUUCUCUUCUCCAGCGACGGCAAGUCUAUCGUCACAGGAUGGAACGACGGCAACAUUCGUGCCUUCACGCCACUGACCGGCAGACUCAUCUACUGCAUCUACAACACUCACAAUAAGGGCACUUCUGCGCUGGACAUGACACACGACGGACGCACUCUCAUCUCAGGUGGCUGCGAGGGGCAGGUAAGACUGUGGGAUAUAAAACCAGAGUGUCAGAGCCUGAAGAAAGUUCUCAAGGAGCACAAGAGUCCUGUGUCCGCCAUACAGGUGUCGCCCAACGACUUGGAGGCGGUCAGCGCGGGCACUGAUGGAUCAGCCAUUAUCUGGGAUCUUGUUUCCCUCUCACGUCGGCAAGUAAUGUACGCCAACACUCUAUUCAUGUGCAUCUGCUACGAGCCGCUGGGGUGUCAACUGUUAACAGGAGGCACCGAUCGAAGGGUCGCCUACUGGGAAACUGGAAGUGGCAACUUGGCUAGAGAGUUGGAAGCAAGUAAGAGCGGAGCAAUCAAUGGUUUACACAUCACACAGAAUGGGGAGCUGUUCGUCACAGGAGGCAAUGACCAAAUGGUCAAGUUAUGGAAGUACGAGGAGGGCUACUACACGCACACGGGGCUGGGGCAUGCGGGCGCUGUCACGUGCUGCCGGUUCAGCCCCGACUCCCGGUACAUCGUCAGCUCAUGCGCGGCUGGAAGCAUCAUUAUAUGGAAGAUGCCUGAGCAAUACAUUCCGAAGGACCAGCCACCGUCUGGCAGAAAUAGUGUUAGAGAUACUCCUAAGACAUUACGAGAAGAAUUGAGACUGCCUCUAGAAGAAAGGCCCGGUCAAAGGGCAGCUGGAGAUCGACAGCCUAGAUUACCGGCGGCGCCAAAUAAGGUGGAGAAAAUAGAAGCGAUGGAUACGACACGAAGCAGCGUGCACUCGUGCUGUCCGUGUGAGAAGGACAACACAGCCAGGUCGAAGCAAACCAGGACAAGUACCGACAAGUCGAGCACGAAAUGCUGUAGACCUCCUGACAAUUUGCCAACUCGCACUACAAGCAAACAGUUUGUCCACGGCGGUGGUGAUAAGAAAUGACAAGGAGCGAAAUAAGACUAGGAUUUUUGUACUUUGAAUGUCUUUUUUAUUACUUAAUAUAAUUUUUACAACAUUGAUUUUUA